AUGACGAGCAGUGGAAACGGAGACCACUCGACAACCUGGAAGUGGAGACGGAGUGGGGAUUCCGGUAAGUGGCGAGUUGCGUCCGAAUUGAAGUUGUGCAACGCACAAGGACACUGUGCCGAAGGGCUUUGUGCAACCGAGCUGGUUGUUGAUGAUGCCACAAAUAGAUGCGGUGCGUGUGGUGCUGGGCACCUAUCAGGAGAAUCCGAAGAACGGGAGCAAAAAGGCUUGAAAAGGCUUCCAAAUCACUGCACCACACAGAUAGGCGGCGGCUAUUUCUUUACCUUGCCAGUGAAACAGCAACCGGGUCUAGCAACAGAUGGACAACGAUAUGGCAGCGUGUCCUCGUGCGAAACACCCGAGGGAUAUUGGUUUCGGUACGAAAAGAUUGAUAAACGGAAACAAUCUAAAAAGCGGAUUGAUAUCAACUUUAUGGCAAAGUUUGAUGCUUCUGCGCUGGGGAACAUGUGUCACCGGCCGAAGAUAAAGCUGUGCACGGUAAAUACUCUCGAGAGUCGUCCAGACCGUGCGGCGCAAGUUGUAUUGUUAGCGAACGGAACCGAUCCGGUGACGAAAGAAGAGUACACGCUUUACAACUGUAGCGAGAGCGCAUCGAACCUUGGAGAACGUAUCGUAGGUGGAAGAAAUGCACUCCCCGGCGAGGCUCCUUUUCACAUUUCGUUAAGAAAUCGGUACCAUGAGCAUCGGCACGGCUUUGGCCGUGGAUUGUUUUGCGGUGGUUCACUGAUUAGUGCACAGCGCGUACUGACCGCAGCUCACUGUUUCACGACGAAAGCGUCCAACAUGGUCGUAGUGGCCGGCAUAUUGAAUCGAUUCGAUCGAUCCGCACGUAUGCAGCAACGCCAAGUGUUCCGAUACCUUGCCCAUCCGGGCUGGAGUCGAAAGAGUAUGUACGCCGACAUUGGACUCGUAUCGUUGCUGGUGCCGUUCAGUAUCAGUGAUCCUCCCAGCAAUUUACUACCGAUUGCGCUGACUAACCACGGACCAAGGGAAGGUGAACGGUGCACCAUCUAUGGCUGGGGUCAAACACGAGAAGGUCGCAAACAGUUCCAGCCCGUGUGUCUUCAGAAAGCUGAAGUAACUGUGCUGGAUCUGGACCGUUGCAAACGUUCCCUGCGACCGGUUCUAAGCGUCCCGGACGGUACGUUUUGUGCCGGUAGCUUUGCCGGUGAAGUGGACGCGUGUCAGGGUGACUCCGGAGGGCCGCUGGUUUGCGACGGUACACUUUAUGGUGUCGUUAGUUUCGGUUGGGGCUGUGGGAGGUCUCAUUUUCCCGGCGUGUAUACCGACGUGUUCGUGCAUCGCCGUUGGAUUGAAGCAUCGCUGGACACCGAUCCGAGCACGUGGAGUAACGGAGGAGGAGAAGUUCUCGGUCGGGGACGGCGUACUGUUCUGGGUGUAAUAAUAAUGUUUAGCACCGUGCUGCUGUCGUAA